AUGAUCUGCUACAGCUUUGUUUCAUUUCUCUUCAUUCUGGCUUCUUUCGAUCUUACGCAGGCCGACAUGAGAUUAUCAAGACGAAGUGGCGUACAACAAGGAAGUGCUGAUGCUUGUACACCUCGAAACAUGUACUGUCAAAGGGAGGCGAUAGCAUAUGUGGAUGGAGAAUUCGGCGUGAAAGGAUAUGUUAAAUUUAUAGCACCUUAUAAAAGUGAUGAAGUUAAAGUGAUCUUGAGUAUCACCGGCUUAGAUAAAUAUUCUGGAACAACUGGACCUUUCCCAUAUCAUGUACACGUUAAUCCGAUCCAAGGAAAGAAUUGUGAAACAGCAUUAGGUCAUUUAAAUCCAUACAAAUUACCCGAAAUAGUAGCUUGUGAUCCAGUAGAUGUUAACACAUGUGAAGUCGGAGAUCUUUCGGGGAAACAUGGAAAACUUACUGCAGCAAGACCUUACAGAUCUUAUAUAGAUUCACAACUUAAAUUUACACCCGAAGAAAUCAGUUUUGUUGGUAGAAGUGUUGUGAUCCAUGACGCUAAUAAGAAAAGGAUUGCUUGUGGUACUAUUGUGUUUCAUUCAACUAACUAG